CUAAUACACUAGUUAGCUACAUUUCGGAUUUAAAAAAAUGGACGAACACACACGCACCUGGGUAGCUUUUUGUCUUUAACAAAGAAUAUAACUUAUUAUGUGUCACACCGUGUUAAAUAAAUAGAUAUACUCGGUUGUUUUUUCCUCCCCACGUAACUGUAGCUAGCGGCUAGCGUUCGUGUCUGUGUCGCUGUUAAGCUAGUUUGUUUAUUAGCCAGCUAGCACGAUCCCGUGGUGGAAUUCGAAUGUCAGCGUUUUAUAAAUUAAUUUAAACUACACGAGGACAAACUUGGAGUUUAUAUUUGACAUUUUUAUUGUACGGGAUUAAGACUUAAAUGCUUUUGGAAGUUAAGGGGAGUGAGUGAAAGGCGGCAACGUCAUCAGGCAGCGUAUAACGUUUACAGUUAGCAUAACAGUUGUGAGUUAGCUUAGCAUAAGCAUAGCAACCGCGCGCGCGAGCAAGCAGCAGCGAGCCGGAGAUGCCAUGGUGGCUCUAGCUCGCCGCUUUGACCGUGUGGCGGAGCUUCUGCUUUCCGCUGGCUCGUCUUGUGUGAAUGUGAAGCUCGCCGGGCCUCUGGUCCCUGCUCCUGCGUGGAUGAAGCAGUAGGGAUCGGAGCUGUUCCCUGGCUCAGCUGAAACGCCAUGCAGGCGGCCCAGUGCCAGUACGAUUUCUUCAGCGAGGAGAACGCACCCAAAUGGAAGGGACUGCUGGUGCCGUCCCUCAACAAGGUGCUAAGUCAGGUACACCCUAAGCUGUCGUCUCAGGAGGAGGCUCUGCAGUACAUCGAGGAGCUGAUUCUGCUGCUACUGAGCAUGCUCUGUCAGGCCCAACCUCGCACCGUGCAGGAUGUGGAGGAGCGAGUCCAGAAGAGUUUCCCUCACCCCAUCGAUAAGUGGGCCAUCGCGGACGCCCAGGCGGCCAUCGAGAAGAGGAAGAGGAGGAACCCACUGGCUCUGCCUGUGGAUAAGAUUCACCCGCUUCUGAAGGAGGUACUAGGUUACAAAAUAGACCACCAGGUGUCCGUGUACAUCGUGGCGGUGUUGGAAUACAUCUCCGCGGACAUCCUGAAGCUGGCUGGAAACUACGUACGAAAUAUACGGCACUACGAGAUCUCGCAGCAAGACAUCAGUGUGGCCAUGUGUGCCGAUAAGGUGUUGAUGGACAUGUUCCAUCAGGACGAGGAAGACAUCAGCGGGUUCCCCCUAAUAGACGAGGAGCCGUCGGCGUCCGAGGCACAGACCUACUACGACCUGGUGAAAGCGUUUAUGUCCGAGGUGCGCCAGUAUCUGAGACACCUGAACCUCAUCAUCAAGGUGUUCCGUGAGCCUUUUGCCACCAACAUCAAGCUCUUCUCGCACCACGACGUGGAUACCAUCUUCAGUCGUAUAGUGGACAUCCACGAGGUGACUCUAAAGCUGCUUGGGCUCAUCGAGGACACGGUGGAGAUGACAGACGAGGGAAGCCCUCACCCACUGGUGGGCCGCUGCUUUGAGGACUUGGCUGAGGAGCUGGCCUUUGACCCCUACGAGACGUACGCUCAGGAAAUCCUGCGGCCCGGAUUCCAUGAUCACUUCCUCAGCCAGCUCUCCAAACCCGGUGCAGCCUUCUACCUCCAGUCGAUAUGUGAAGGCUUCAAAGAGGCCGUGCAGUACGUAUUACCUCGGCUGCUCCUGACCCCAGUUUACCACUGCCUCCAUCACUUUGAGAUCUUGAAGCAACUGGAGGAGAAAAGCGAGGACGAGGACGAUAAGGAACGUCUGAAGCAGGCCAUCACAGCACUUCUCAACCUUCAGAGCAGCAUAGAGAGGAUCUGCUCCAAAAGCCUGGCCAAGAGAAGACUAAGCGAGUCGGCCUGCCGCUUCUACAGUCAGCAGAUGAAGGGCAAGCACCUGGCCAUCAAGAAGAUGAACGAGAUCCAGAGGAACAUCGACGGCUGGGAGGGCAAAGACAUCGGCCAGGUCUGCAACGAGUUUAUAAUGGAGGGCACGUUGACACGGGUGGGCGCCAAGCACGAGCGCUACAUAUUCCUCUUCGAUGGCCUGAUGAUCUGCUGCAAGUCCAACCACGGACAGCCACGCCUACCAGGUGCCAGUGCCGCUGAAUACAGGUUGAAAGAAAAGUUCUUCAUGCGCAAGAUCCAAAUCAACGACAAGGACGACAAGGAGGGUGAGUACCGGCACGCCUUUGAGCUCAUCCUGAAGGACGGCAACAGCGUGGUGUUCGCUGCCAAGUCUGCCGAGGAGAAGAACGGUUGGAUGGCGGCGCUGAUUUCGCUUCAGUACCGCUCUACUCUGGAGCGCAUGCUCGACACAGCCAUGAUGCAGGAGGAGAAGGAGGAGCAGAUGAGGCUUCCCGGAGCUGAGAUCUACCGCUUUGCAGAGCCCGACUCAGAGGAGAACGUGGUGUUUGAAGAAAACGUCCAGUCCCAGUCUGGCAUCCCGAUAAUCAAGGCCGGCACGGUGCUGAAGCUUAUCGAGAGGCUCACCUUCCACAUGUAUGCAGAUCCCAAUUUUGUGCGGACCUUCCUCACCACCUACAGGUCGUUCUGUAAACCGCAGGAGCUGCUAGAUCUGCUCAUUGAGAGGUUUGACAUUCCGGAGCCCAAACCCACUGAAGCGGAUCAGAUGGCCAUGGAGAACGGAGAUCAGCCCCUCAGCGCUGAGCUCAAACGCUUCCGCAAAGAAUACGUGCAGCCGGUGCAACUCAGGGUGCUGAAUGUGUGCCGGCACUGGGUGGAGCACCACUUCUACGACUUUGAGAGGGACGCUCAGCUACUCUGCCAGCUGGAGGAGUUCAUCGGAACAGUCCGAGGCAAGGCCAUGAGGAAGUGGGUCGAGUCCAUCACCAAGAUCAUACAGCGGAAGAAGCAGGCACAGGCUAAUGGUUCGUGUCACAACAUCACCUUUGAGAAUACUCCCCCGCCCAGCGAGUGGCACAUCAGCAAACCGGGCCAGACCGAGCACUUCGACCUGAUGACCCUUCAUCCCAUUGAGAUCGCUCGCCAGCUCACGCUGCUUGAGUCUGAAUUUUACAGGGCAGUUCAGCCAUCGGAGCUGGUGGGAAGCGUGUGGACGAAAGAGGACAAAGAACUGAACUCACCCAACCUCCUGCGCAUGAUCCGACACACCACUAAUCUCACACUCUGGUUCGAGAAGUGUAUCGUGGAAACGGAGAACCUGGAGGAACGCGUUGCCGUGGUGUCACGCAUCAUCGAGAUCCUGCAGGUCUUUCAGGAGCUCAAUAACUUUAACGGCGUCCUUGAGGUGGUCAGCGCCAUGAACUCUUCUCCUGUAUACCGGCUCGAUCACACCUUCGAGCAAAUCCCGAGCCGACAGAGGAAGAUCCUCGAAGAGGCACAUGAACUCAGUGAGGACCAUUAUAAGAAGUAUUUGGCCAAACUCAGGUCCAUUAACCCACCAUGUGUGCCCUUCUUUGGUAUAUAUUUAACAAAUAUCCUGAAAACGGAGGAAGGCAAUCCUGACUUCCUGAAGAGACACGGUAAAGAGCUGAUUAACUUCAGUAAGCGACGGAAAGUAGCAGAGAUCACUGGUGAGAUCCAGCAGUACCAGAACCAGCCGUACUGCCUACGGGUAGAGAGCGACAUACGGAAAUUCUUCGAGAACCUGAACCCGAUGGAGGUCAUGACGGAGAAGGAGUUUACUGACUACCUUUUCAACAAGUCUUUAGAGAUCGAGCCUCGCAACGCACGUUCCCUGCCUCGAUUUCCUAAGAAGUACAGCUGGCCGCUGAAAUCUCCGGGUGUGCGCCCGUCCUCGAACCGGCCCGGCACCAUGCGCCACCCGACGCCGUUGCAGAACGAGCCGAGAAAGAUCAGCUACAGUCGUAUUCCGGACAGCGAGACAGAAAGUUGCGCGGCAUCGGCGCCCAACUCACCUCGAACGCCCCUCACACCUCCACCCGCCUCCGCAGCCUCCAGCUCCACAGAUAUCUGCAGUGUGUUCGACUCUCCACAGGGGCCCUCCAGUCCCUUCCACUCGAACAGCGACACCAUUUUUGCCCCGGUUGCGCUGCCUCAUGGCCCACGAUCAUCAUCCGUGUCCUCCAUGGUUAGUUUCCACAGGAGUACAGACGACCCCCCUCUCCCUCCUCCAGUCCCACCACGACGACGUCCUGAAUCCGCUCCUGCCGAGUCCUCACCCUCUAAGAUGAUGUCUAAACACGUUGACAGUCCCCCGGCGAUCCCCCCGAGGCAGCCCACUGGUAAGCUGUACCCGAUGCGCUACUCCGUGACGGACGCUCCCUCCAGCCCUCCGUCGCUGCCGCCCCGUGAACCCCUGCGCACUCCCGAUGUGUUGUCCAGCUCGCCUCUUCUCCUCCAGCCUCCUCCCCAGGGCCGCCGCGCCGAACCCAGCCACUUCUUUCCCUCAUCCCCGUCACCGCUGGGACCACGGAAACUCCCGGCCUCAGCUCCGGCGCUACAUCUGCUCGAAUGUGACACCACACAUGGUGCCACCGGACCCCCGCUGCCCCCCCGCCACAGCACGGCCAUUCCUAAACUGCCCCCAAAAACGUAUAAAAGGGAGCGGGAAGGUCCACCGCUUCUCGAGAACGCCAAUCCUUCCUAAAGAGGAAACACUAAAGACUGCAGAUGAGAAGUGUGUGAUUGAGAUAUCUAUAUAUAUAAACACACACUAGUGACUUUUUCAAAAAAAAAAAAAAAAGGUAAAGGAGACUGUCUGAUGAAAUGCCAGUGUUGGACUUCAGAGAAGGAAAAAAGAGACAAACACGAAUUGAAAAAUGUGCCCUUAAACCGUUCAGAUUGUGUUUUCAUGAAGUGUAAACUUCGUCGAGAUUAUCCAGCCCUCCUGCAGGGUGGCUCUCUCUCUCUCUCUCUGUACAUUUUUGGGGUUGUUUUCUUUUUUGUUUAGUCUUUUUGAAAACUGCUUGUGUUUUUUUGUCCUUGUCUGAUGGUUGUUCAUUUCAUUUUGCUGUUUGUUCCUUUUUAAAAAAAACAAAACAAAAAAAAAACGUUGCUUAUUUUCAGCUAUGAGCUCAUUGGCCUUUCCUCUGCUCCUCCUCCUGCACAGCUGCAGUCAGUACCAGAUUAAAAAAAAUACCAUAACAAAUCGUUAACAUUAAUGCUGGACAGCUAAAGACUAGAAGAGUUUGGACCAGCUUCUAAAUAAAGCAAAUCAACAAAGCACGGUUUCUCUGCACAGACUGUAUGUGCCCGUCUCCUCUAUGCCGAGGACCGCGUCAGCGUCUCGGCCAGCGUCGAUGCUGGACGACAGGUAGGACUCGACCGAGAGGACGACUCCUGCCUCACACCUCAUUACGUUUAAAGGAAAAAGGGACUGCGAGUCAUGAGCUGUGUUCGUCUUUACCCCCUCACAGGGAGAGGUCUGUGUGCCAGUAGUCUCAAGAGUACCGCGAGUCAAAAGGUACCCUCCUACAACCAAAGAGGUACUUUCAUUGAAUUUAAGAAACAAAAAAUAAUUGUUCUUUACGUGUUAGAACUUUUAUUUUCUGAAUCAUUUCUGUUUUUGCCAAUAAGUAUAAAAAAAGAAAAAAAAAGGGAAUAAAAGUGUUUCUACCAUA